GGAAGGCACAAGCACUACGGGAAGAUUCUUCUACUUUGGUCAACAUAGGAGAACACGACGAGGAUAGAUGUAUUUUCGGAGACAUCGCGUCUCAGGAUCCACUUUUGCUGAUGGAUACGCAACAACAAACGCAAGACGGAAGCUUUGAACAGAGCCAAAAUACGCAGGCAGAAGUUGUUGUUGAAGAUGGUCAUUGCUCAGCCGGUGCACAUCAAUCUGAAGCUGCU